UGCAAUAUCAUUGGUUGUUCAGCUAGAGUGUGGAGCAUGAGGUGUAAUACUACCUGAGUCCCAAGUAUGUUCACUUAGUCACAUGAGUGUGAUGUCAACAUGUGGUCCAACACACACAAAGUUCAGGAGAAUUUCAUCACAUGACUUAUGUGCUCUGUUAGCAGCACUGUGCACUUUAGUACAGUGGAACCUCUCUCUAAGGACACCUGAAAUGAAGACACCUCUCUCCUUUCUCUCUUCUUGCAUGCAAUUAAUAAGGACCCUUUCUUUUGUCCCAUUGGUGUUCAAGUGGCAGUUUUGUCCAUCCCGUAGUUGCCAAUUUCUACCAGUGGCAGUAAUGAUAUGCAUUGGUGCGCAAAACGUGAUAUAAAUGAUGUAAUGUUAUGUCAUGGUGUACUCCCCUCCUCUUGAUCGCUGUUCCUUCAGUUAUCUUACUCCGUCCAGGAUGAGUGAUAGCUCCAAGACGGACGAGGAGUCCGCCCUCAACAGAGUCCUCCAGAAAACUGCCAAUGAUGUAAUAGACGUGACAUACAUUGAGCCUCACAGUAUGGAGAAUGCCGAAGUCAGCGGACGGACUAGAGAAUACAGGUCACAGGUGGCGUCUCUGAGAGGGGUCUCCAGACCGGUGGCCAAACUGCCUCCCAACAACCAGCCACCUGCAGUCAUGCUCUCCAAGGAACUGGUCUCACCAGCUGACGUCCGAUUUGUCACAGACAGGUCUGAAGCAACAGCGGCCGCAGUAGAAAGCAUGGAAGUCAAACACGGAGAACCAUUAGUUGUACAAUUUGCCGCACCUUGACUCUCGCAUAAUUUUACAUUGCCCACUAGAUCGCCUGUAAUAAUUAUCGUUGUCCGGAACAAUUUUAUGCACAUCAUAUAAUAUAAUUAUGUUAGUUGAAUGGAAGUCAUGUACAGUUUUACUGAACUAACACAGACUUAAUUUGUCUCAUUUUGUGUAUAUCAGUAUCUUAUAUAUUUUGUGUGAGUGUUGUGAAAAAAAGUGUUUUCCUUCAUGAUUUUCAUGUGAUGGUCUCUUUACCCUAAAGGCAAAAAAUACACGGUUACACUUUUCUUACAUGAGGCAAAUAUCUCCAUGCAAGUAUGGCAUG